UAGAGAGAGAGAGAGAGAGAAGAACCUCCCAUAGGCAACCCCGCCAGUUUUAUCUGGACACCCCACAUUGUUUCUUACGAACAUGCCCGCCAUCUCCGCCCACUUGGAGCGUCUCUUCUGCCACCACACUAUAACCGUCCCCUCUCUCUCUCUCUCUCUCUCGAAUAACCCAGUCAAAUACCCUGAAUCCUCUCUCUCUCCUAUAAUGGUCCCUGCCCUCGAAGUAGCACCCCAAGAGAACCAGGAUCUGGAGCUUGACUCAGACAUGAAUUCCAACUGCAAUGGCGCGACCCAAGAAAGGGUGGCCGUUAUAGGAAGCGGCAACUGGGGAAGUGUGGCGUCCAAACUCAUCGCCUCAAACACUGCUAAGCUCUCCUCCUUCCAUGAUGAAGUGAGGAUGUGGGUUUUUGAAGAAACGUUGCCCAGCGGCGAGAAACUCAGCGAAGUCAUUAACAGAGAGAAUGAAAAUGUGAAGUAUCUUCCUGGUGUUAAGCUUGGAAAGAACGUAGUAGCAGAUCCUGAUCUUGUGAAUACAGUAAAGGAUGCUACCAUGCUUGUAUUUGUAACCCCACAUCAAUUCAUGGAGGGCAUAUGCAAGAGACUCAUAGGAAAGGUCAGGCCUGAUGCACAGGCUAUUUCUCUCAUCAAGGGGAUGGAGGUGAAGAAAGAGGGCCCUUGCAUGAUUUCCACUCUAAUCACUCAACUUCUUCACAUCAAUUGCUCAGUUCUCAUGGGUGCCAACAUUGCUAAUGAGAUUGCACAAGAGAAAUUCAGCGAAGCGACAGUUGGAUAUAGAGAGGAUGAGGAGACUGCCCUGAAAUGGGUUCUCCUGUUUAGUACACCGUAUUUCCUUGUAACACCAGUUCAAGAUGUUGAGGGCGUCGAACUCUGUGGCACACUGAAGAACGUGGUUGCUUUAGCUGCAGGAUUUGUGGAUGGGCUGGAGAUGGGUAACAACACCAAGGCAGCAAUAAUGAGAAUUGGGCUAAGAGAAAUGCGUGCCUUCUCUAAGCUGAUGUUCCCUAGUGUGAAAAACAACACCUUCUUUGAGAGCUGUGGCGUUGCAGAUCUCAUCACCACAUGUUUGGGUGGGAGGAACAGGAAAGUUGCAGAAGCCUUUGCUAAGAACAAUGGCAAAAGGUCUUUUGAUGAACUUGAAGCAGAGAUGCUCCAAGGCCAGAAAUUACAGGGUGUUUCGACUGCAAGAGAAGUUUAUGAGGUUCUAAGCCAUCGGGGAUGGCAAGAGUUGUUCCCACUCUUUACGACAGUGUAUGAAAUCUGCAUUGGGCACUUGUCCCCAUCAGCCAUUGUUGAAUACAGUGAGCACAAACCGAACUUUGCUCUAGUGGAUGGUUCUGCACAGGUUUACUAGAUAUUAAAAACAAGUACAGAAGGGAAAAAAGGAAACCCUAUUUCUCUUAGGUACAUAUGUAUUACAUGACUAAAAAAUAAUGCCUCGAAAUGGAUUGGAUCUGAAAUUCCAUAUCAAGGCUGUAAUAUGAUAGAUUGAAUUAGUAAUAGUAGCACAGGCAAUGAAUGCGAUGUUAGAAUGUUAUAUGUAGUGUAACACCACAGGAAGUAGCAGUACCUGCAAUGACUUUCAUUGUAAGCUGAGGUUAUCAUUUACGGAAUAUUAAUUGAACUUAUGACGA